UACGUUUACAUUGACGGUGAACUGAUAAGAUAAUAGAGGCACUCAUGUGCUAUCUAUAUUAAGAACCACAUCGCUCAUGUCCCAGGAUGGCCGGCGGACGUGUGAUUUUGUUUCCUAUCCUGGUCGGUCUUCACUAUUGUUCUUUCGCCCUUGGUAGCGUUUCUAAGACAGAGUUAUCGUCCUUUAUCACCGGAUUAUGGAACGACGACACCAAUGGCGCCUCUUUCUCUGAUGUCACGUACAACCUCCAAUCACAGACGUCAACAUCAACGACUACGGACCACGCCCAUCAGAAAUUGUUCCAGUAUGUUAAUGAAAAUCAUCUCUUCACAAAACCAACAUACUCCGCUUUCAUUGCCUUGCUCGAUAACUUUGACAAGAACACUGCUCACUCGGAGCACACGACCUCGGCGGAAACUGCCGAAAUCGACCGUUUCAUUACGGCAGUGAUGCAAACAUCGGUUAUGACAGAAACCUACCGAUUUCUGCACGAGAAAGGUUACACCACAUCAACCACAGACUUCCGUAAUAUGCUGAAGAGCCUUUGGUUCACUCAGUACUCGAGAUCCGGAAAUUCCCACGGAAGUAACGGGUUCGAGCACGUGUUCGUCGGAGAGACAUCCAGCACAGCUGUUUCCGGUUUCCAUAAUUGGAUUCAAUUUUACCUCGAGGAGAAAAGGGGCCAUAUCAAUUACCUUGGAUACGUAUAUACUAAACAGCCCCGAAAGCUGGGUGUCCAUUUUACCUGGUACGACAAAACAAAGCCGUUGACCACCCUUAUGGUCGGAACAAGUCCGGAGUUUGACCUCGCCGUUCUGACCACAUGUUUUCUCGUCAGGCAGAAUAUCAACUGUAAUUUCGAUAUGGCGGGCAAUCACCUAACGGUCAAAUCCUAUGACGUCAGCUACGUUCAUGGCGACCAAGUCGCUACAGCCUAUUUUGAUUAAAGGGAUGUUAUGAGAGAAGAA